AUGAACAACUUGUCUAGUGCCACUGAGUUCUACCUUCUAGGCUUCCCCGGGUCCCAAGAACUACACCACAUUCUUUUUGCUAUAUUCUUUUUCUCCUACUCAGUGACAUUAGUGGGAAACACAGUCAUCAUUGUGAUUGUGUGUGUUGAUAAACGUCUGCAGUCCCCCAUGUAUUUCUUCCUUGGUCACCUCUCUGCUUCGGAGAUCUUAAUUACAACUAUUAUCGUUCCUAUGAUGCUUUGGGGGUUGCUACUCCCUGGGAUGCAGACGAUAUCUUUGGCUGCAUGUGCCACCCAGCUCUUCCUGUACCUUGCUGUGGCGACUACAGAGUUUGCAUUACUGGGAGCGAUGGCUGUGGACCGUUACGUGGCUGUCUGUAACCCUUUGAGGUACAAUGUCAUUAUGAACAGCCGCACCUGCAUCUGGGUGGUCAUUGUGUCCUGGACAUUUGGGUUUCUUUCUGAAAUAUGGCCUGUCUAUGCCACAUUUCAGUUUACCUUCUGCAAGUCCAAUCUGUUAGACCAUUUUUUCUGUGACCGAGGGCAACUGUUCAAACUAUCCUGUGAUGACACCCUUUUCACAGAGUUUGUUCUUUUCUUAAUGGCUAUUGUCAUUAUCAUUGGUUCUCUGGCCCCAACAGUUAUCUCCUACACCUACAUCAUCUGCACCAUCCUCAGGAUGCCCACAGCCUCAGGCCAGAGGAAAGCCUUCUCUACAUGUGCUUCUCAUUUCACUGUUGUUGUUAUUAUGUAUGGCAGCUGCUUGUUUAUCCAUGUGAAACCUAAGCUAACGCAGGCAGCGGAGUAUAAUAAAAUAGUUUCCCUGUUGAUUUCUGUGUUAACCCCUUUCCUGAAUCCUUUCAUCUUCACCCUCAGGAACGACAAAGUCAAAGAGGCCCUUUGGGAUCUUAUGAAAUGCUGUAAUCAACUCUUCAAAGGUUGA